GCUGUGCGUCUGGAGGCGGACACAUUCCUCUGUCCUCCCCGGGGACAGACGGAGGGAGGAGGGAAGCUGCUGCUGCUGCUGCCGCAUUUAAUUAGAGCAGAAGAAGAAGCAGCAGGACAGGGACAGCCCCCCCCCCCUCCCCGCCCGCCCCCCUCCUCACAGAGCAUACAGGACUCCGGCUUCAACGCACCGGACAGAAAGUUUACGCGUAAAAGUGACGCUGGCACGAGCUGAGGUGGAGGAGCGCGUGAGGAGGACGAGCUGAAGCGGAGGGGCGCGUGUCUGUGGACUCUUUUGGAGGUUUUGACUUUGUGUUUUUUCCGGUUUGAAGCUUUUGGAUCACACACGCGCGCGCGCUUCACGAGAGGAAAAUGCUGGAUUUUACGCGUACACGUCAGUAAGGAGUAUUUAAGGAGUAUUUGUGGUCCGCGUGAGAGACAUGAUUGAUGUGGAAACGUCCCCGCGGACUGACCGGAAGUAACAAACCACCUGUUGAUGUUUCCUGGAGCUGCUCGCGGAGGAUUCACGCGCAGUUAGUGAGAAGAGGCUCGUGUCUAAUGAGUGCUGAUCUCUGCAGUUUGUUUUCAGUGAGCGUGUUGCCAUGGUGACCUGUUUGUUUACAGUGAGCGUGUUGCCAUGGUGACCUGUUUGUUUGCAGUGAGCGUGUUGCCAUGGUGACCCGGGCUCAGAUGAGGUCGGGAUGGCACGAGAGGACGCAGUGAGGUGUCUGCGCUGUCUGCUGUACGCGCUCAACUUCCUGUUCUGGCUGAUGUCAGCAUGUGUCCUGGGAGUGGCAGCGUGGAUCAGAGACCCCCUGAACACCGUGCUGACCCUGACAGCCCACACCAGGCUGGAGGAAGCAGCCGUCCUCACAUAUUCUCCAGCUGUCCAUCCCGUCAUCAUCGCCGUGUGCUGUUUUCUCAUCAUCGUGGCCAUGGUGGGAUACUGCGGCACGCUCAAAUGUAACCUGCUGCUGCUGUCCUGGUACUUCGGCAGUCUGCUGGUGAUCUUCUGUGUGGAGCUGGCGAGCGCCGUCUGGACCUACGACCAGCCCUCAGUGCAGCGCUCUGAUAUGAUCAGCCUGAAGUCUCGGAUGCCAAACUUCGGCCUGCAGCGUUACCAGUGGCUCACACACACCUGGAACACCUUCCAGACAGAGUUUAAAUGCUGCGGAGUGAUCUACUUCACUGAUUGGCUGGAGAUGACAGAGAUGGAGUGGCCGCCUGACUCCUGCUGCUCCAAUCAGUAUCCAGGAUGUGCUCGCCACGCCCACUACCACGACCUCAGCGACCUGCACCAAGAGGGCUGCGGUCCAAAGAUCUACAGUUUCAUCCGUGGGACGAAGCAGCUGCAGGUUUUGCGUUUCCUGGGCGUCUCCAUCGGCGUGGCUCAGAUCCUCGCCAUGGCGCUCACAGCUCACGCUGCUCUGGGCGCUUUAUUACGGACGCAAAUCCCCAGAGCUGGACUCCACGCCGCCGCCCGCCGGCAGGAGCAGACGACUCCACCCCCCCCUCAGGUGAAGCCUCACAGUCGGGCUGCACCCGCACUAGUAAAGGCUGGACUAAUCCACCCAACACCAGCACCAGCAGCGCCGCCGCCAAGCUGGGAGAGCACCAGUUUGAGAUGGAGCGGCUGUCGUAGCGGUGGCAGGACGGAGCUGCUCUGGUUUGGUCUGUUCAGGAUCCGUAAAGCCUGCUGCUGGUCUCUGAUUCAGGGUCUGGUUGUGUCAUGUGAUCAGUACUGA